GUGUGCAUUAUGAAUGAAUACAGGGGUGGAACUAUUUUAAACUGAUCAUAUUUGGUUGGGUACGUGUGCAUUGCUAUUACCAUGGACACUACACAAUUUAGCAAAUGGUAGUCGGUUUUAUGACUGGUGAUUUCUCUGUCCAUCUUCUGCAUCGAUUUAAGUGGUUCAAGACCAACUUCUUUGAAUUUUAAUGAGAGGUUAUCAAAGUUUUGAAGGUCGCGGUUCUUUUGCUCGUAGUGUAACUGGAAUUAAAUCAUGCAUUUUGAAUCUUAGAUGACAAGACUUGUAGUACUUCAUGCGACAUCAAUGUGAUAUAUAUUUUUUCGUUUUCUGAACUUUAGAUAGUGAAUAGAAUAAUUUGAAGGAACUCAAGACGGAUUAAUCUAUAAAAAUACGUGUGUCUGCAUGUUUGCUGACGAGAAGACGUCGAAUUAUUAUAACUCUAGUUUGGCCCUUGUCAAUGUUAUUAUUGAUCUCCAACAUGAAGUUCAACGUUAGUCCAGUCCGAAUCCUCGAAAACAACUUCGUUAUCCCAACCGUCCUCAUCGUCAUCGUCCAUUAUGUGACGAUGUCGACUUCCACCUCGUCCGCGGAGUCGUUGGUGCUGGAGGACUUCCAGCAUUUAACCGACAAGCUCACUCAUAAGAUCAUGGAGAAUAUCGAGAGAUUGAAAGCAACCGACCCAAACUGGGGGCAGCCCCCUAAGGAUAUGGGAGAGGACGAUAUGACACAGGAACAGAUGAAAAGUAUCUCAGAAUGUGAAUUUCAUUGUCCAAAUGGUCAGAUGGAAGUGGAAAACGAGCAAUUCAAAAUGCCAGGUUAUAAAAACUGCAAGGAUUAUGACAGCAUGUGGGACCGGAUACCAGGUGCCUCGGACUGUUGUAAGCGACAUCAGAUUUGCUACCAUACAUGUGGGCUUGAAAGAACACGGUGUGACAUGGAGUUUACUAGGUGUAUGGAGAAUGUUUGCGAAGAAUUACAAGAGAAAGGAAUGAUUAAAACGGAGAAAGUUAUCGAAGCUUGUGUUUCUGCUAUGAGAAUGCUUGGUAUCAUGGUUAUGGAACCCGGAUGUAAAAUGUAUCCUAAAGCACAGGGCGCUGCCUGUCGGUGUGUCGACAAGGAUCCCGAUGAUGAUGUCGACGCUGAUAGCAGCCUGUCUGAUUCAAAUACCUCAGGAAAAUUUGUCGACAACGAAAGAAGGCUAAAGGACUUGACACCGAAGAAAGAUGACAUCGUGAUUAAUGAUAAAGGCAAUGAAAACAUUGGUGAUGUUGAGAUGACCAUCGACGACGACGACGACGACUUCGACAAUGGUAUAGGCGCUCGUGUUGACCGGGAUGAGCUAUGAUAAGAAACUUUAUCUAAGUUCAACAUCUUACUUCAAAAUCACUCAAUAAGAAUCGAAUUGGAAUAACAUGAACUUUAUUUUCAAAAGUUUUAUUUUCAAUGCACAGUUCAUUGCUUGUUUUUGUACGGCCCAUGGGGCUGUAAACCAUGCAGCCAAAACUGAUUUUCAAACUUGAUCUAGUUUUAAAUAGUGCCCUCAUGCGAUAAGUAUGACUAUCAUGAGUUGCGGAGUUCAGUUGUUGUAUACGGUUUUGAUAAUCGGUAACGUUGCAGAAAAGUAUACUGUUUCAUUUUUUUUACAAUAAUGGUUAUUGCUGUGUUAUGCCGUGGUGUCGUGGUCAAGUGCAGUGGUGUAAGGUACAAAAAAUAUAUGGGACAAAUUUCUAAAAAGCUGCGAGAGGGCGAA